AUGCCUACCACGAUCCUGAUCACGGGCGGAAACCGCGGACUUGGCAAAGGGCUUGUAGCUACUUACCUAUCUACCCCAAACACCACAGUGAUAGCGACGGUCCGCGACCCAUCCAAGUCCGAGUCUCUGUCUACUCUUCCAAAGGCCUCGGGAUCCAGCCUAUUUUCGCACAACCUUGGUGCUCUCGAUAUUGUCAUUGCAAGUGCUGGCAUCUCUGGGCCGACCCACAGUCUAGCUGAAGCACCUGUCUCUGAGCUUCAAAAGUACAUUGACGUGAAUGCGUACGGCCCGUUCGAGCUAUUCAAAGCUGUGCACCCUCUUCUACCAUCUUCCAGUGCGGAGAAGAAGGCGAAAUUUGUCUACAUCUCGAGCGCCGGCGGAAGUUUGUCGGCCAUGUACAACUUCAUGCCUAUUCCCGCGUAUGGGGCGAGCAAGGCUCUAGCUAAUUUCCUUUUCAAAUGGCUGGCACUGGACAAUAAGGAUAUGAUUAUUUGGGCACAAAAUCCCGGAAACGUGGACACUGAUAUGGCUCGGGAUGGUCUUGAUCUCGCAAAGAGCUUAGGGUUCGAUCUGUCUUCACUGUCCUUCACCUCUCCCGAAGAAACUGCGCGGGCGAUAAAGAAAGUGGUAUGUGUGCUCGAGUUCAGACGGAGAUGCGAAUGUGAUCGAAGCGACUGA